UACCUAUUUCAAUCCAUCUUUAGCGAAGGCACUAUCGAGAGAGCACUGCUAGUAUCAGCUCUGGGAAUUUAAGGGUUAUCAAAACAACGUACGAAACAAGGAGGCAGAAUAAAAGUGUGACCGUGCAGAGGCAACUGUCAGGCCCAUCGACAGCAUGCGUGUGUUGGUACUACUUUCCCUCCUCGGAUUGGCACUGAGUGCACCGUUACUGGAGGAAAAUGAAGCGGAAAAGAAACCAAUCGUGAAACGGUCAGAAGAAGGAAUAGGCUUCGGUAACCAACAAAAUCUGCCAAAAAUUAAAAAGAAGAGUGACCCGGCCAUGUUAGCAGAUAACGUUGGAUCCGUGCUUGCUGAGACUCCUAAGGAAUUAACCCCUGAAGACCAUGACGAAGAUGACGCCGUUAUGCAGGAACCAGAUUCCGGCAAUAGUGCAGACUCUGCCGCAAAAGUGGAAGAAGAACUGAAUACGAUUAUAAAAGAGGAACAAAUGGCACAACAGGUUGCAGAGGACGAGGCUGGAGAAACGUUGCCAGGGGGUGAUGAAGAGCCAGAAACACCCAUUGAGGAACAUUCUGUUUCCACUGAAGGGAGCAAUGGUGGUGCGGACACUGAGGAAAACACAGUAGAAGUUGUUAAUCCCGAGGAUGUGGCAGCCGCAGUUGCGGCGGCUGAAGAACCACAACAGGAGUUGCUUCUCCAGAAUAAUGGCAUCUCUCCCGAAAAUAACGAAGCCAUCAAGGAGCUGAUGCAAGAAAACAUGGUGAACUCGGAACCCGUAGACGAUGGCGACAACGCACAAGAACAAUUCGCAGAGGUCGUAGACGCGCCUGACGGGCCUGACGGGCCUGAAAGACAGGACAAUGGUGCCGAGCAAUCAUUAGAAAUGCUCGAAAACCCUCUCGAAGCUUACCGUAUGUAUAGGAACUACCAGAAUUUCCUGUCCACCUAUCCUAAUAAUUACGCAGACGCCUACAGAAACUACCAAAACGGACGCAGAAGAAGGGCAUCAAGUACACUCAUGUCACGACUUCGAAACCGUGAGAUCAAGAGAAAUCACCGUAUAAAGCGUGAACUGCCAUACGGGGACAGCAGCCUAUUCCCUUACUUCUACCCGGAACAGGAACAGGAACAGGAACAAGAAGAUGCCAUGUACAGAGUAUUACCGGAACAGGAAAUACUCGGCAAUGAGCCAUACACGUUGUUCCCAGAAGAAGCGUUAGAAGAGGAAUUAGCAGCAGAGGAGGGCUUGCCUUACGCAGAUGAAGACGAAGAAGAAUAUGGUACACCUGUCCUGUACGAUGGCAAAAUGGGAUACUUCUUGCCAUCUAAGCGCCAAGACAUGCUUAGUUUUGUCCCUGGAAAUAAGAGGGAAUCUUACUUUUUCCCCUUCUCCAAGGAACCAGAGACUCACUACAAAGCGUUCGUGCCAGAGAAGCGGAGCUAUCUCGAAAGUUACGGUGACUUGGUGCGACUGGCCAGAGCUUUGGCGAUGGAACCACAGGACAGGGAACAAUAUCUUCAGGGAUAUGAAUGGGAGUAGGCCUAAUGCUGUUUCCACGUGAUCAAAAACGAGAGUUGGGAAAACGUGAAGCCGAGACCAGGGGAUGCGAUGGUUCGGAAGAAAAUAAAAUCAGAAUUUCGCUUCAGACCGUUGUCAAUGAUAUUCAUUUUUGUCCCUUUCUUCUAUGUUCAAAACAUUCCGCUAAACGUUUUGUGAAAACAGAAUUUAUUAAUUUAGUGAUUAGUUUUUGUUGACGCCCUACCUAUAACUUUUACUGUCAUUUGUUCUAAAUUUUGAUUUUGAUUCCUUUGUAAAUAACAACUUGUUGUAAAUCAUGUCAUGGAAAUGUAUAUCAAUAUGUAUUUUACAUAUAUUUUUGUGAAAAAAAUAAAUCAUUCCUUAUUAUGUGCAAUGACACCUUGUUGAAAUUUAAUAAAUGUCUG